CUGACCCCCGGGGGUCGGCCUCACCUUGUAUUUCUUCUUAUUCUUUCUCUUCCUCUUCUUCUCUCUUUCUCUCUCUCUCGCUCUCUCCCUUGCUCUUUUAUUUCUUCUUCUUCUUCUUCUUCUUCUUCUUUCUCUAUCUCUCUCUCUUUUGAGCGAAGAUGGUGGCCGUGCGUGUUGUUCGAUCAAUUGUCGGGGUUCUUGGAAACGCGAUCUCGUUUGGACUGUUUCUCUCUCCAACGCCAACUUUUUAUAAGAUAAUCAAGAAGGGUGCUGUCGAAGAUUACUCGGCCAUGCCUUACUUGGCGACGAUGCUCAACUGCAUGCUUUGGUGCACGUACGGCCUCCCCAUGGUUCACCCUCAUAGCCUCUUGGUAAUCACCAUCAAUGGAAUCGGACUGGUCGUGGAGACCAUAUACCUCACCCUCUAUCUCAUCUACGCCACAACCCAGCAAAGGGUGAAAGUAAUCCUGAUAUUUUUGGGUGAGUGCGUUUUCCUGGCAAUCGUGCUUUACAUCACCCUUGGCGUUCUCCACACUUACGAGAAGAGGUCGACGCUCGUCGGAACCCUGUGCAUUAUAUUUGGCACUUGCAUGUACGCCGCACCUCUCAGUGUCAUGAAACUGGUGGUUACGACGAAGAGUGUGGAGUACAUGCCCUUUACUCUCUCCUUCGUCUCCUUAAUCAAUGGAGUGUGCUGGACUCUUUACUCCUUCCUUCCCUUGGAUAUCAACAUUCUUAUUCCAAAUGGACUUGGAACACUGCUUGCACUAGCUCAGCUGAUCCUCUAUGCGUGUUACUUCAAGUCAACGCCAACUCGGUCAGCGUCAAGGAAUGAAAGAGGAGAAGUGAGAGAAAUUGAGAUGCAUGUUGGGUAGGUUCGGACUCAGAUGAGGCUUCCGAUCAGGCCAACAAGUCUCAGCUCAUCAAGUGUCUUGCUUCAUUGCCUCUCCUUUCUGCAUUGUCUUCUCUUUUUUAGGAUCCAUCAGCUUAUUCUUAUGCAAAGGCUCUUAAUCUAUAUUGUCGAGCCGACAGUUUUCAUCAGUUUUGGGCUGUUUGGAAGUUGGAACAUCCAAUGAGUGUCUUAUUCAUAUAACAGUAGAACUAGGUGUCGAUAAAUCUGCCCUAAUCCUUAGAGAGCAGAUUUAUAAAACACUCACAAAGUGUUCCAUUUGUCAAACAACCCCUUUAGGAUGUUGCCUUGAACAAACUGAUUCUUUGUGUUGUAGUUAACAUGAAAAUUUAUUUGUUAA